AAAGCUUCCAUUCCAAUGUCACACUUCAGUCAGCAGAGAAACUGUGGUGGGGAAAGCCCCUUUGCCGAUAAGGUAUGUGGGAAAAUGGUCAGCCACAAAUCCAAUCUUACUGAGCAUAAGUAUUUUCAUACUAGAGAGAAACCUUUUGAAUGCAUUGAAUGUGGGAAAGCCUUUAGCCAAAAGCAGUAUGUCAUUAAACAUCAGAACACCCAUACUGGACAGAAGCUUUUUGAAUGUAAUGAUUGUGGGAAGUCCUUCAGCCAGAAGGAGAACCUCCUUACCCAUCAGAAAAUUCACACUGGAGAGAAACUUUUUGAGUGCAAAGAUUGUGGGAAAACUUUCAUACAGAAAUCAAACCUCAUCAGACACCAGAGAACUCACACCGGAGAGAAGUCAUCCAUAUGUAAACAGUGUGGGAAAAUGUUUACUGGCAAAUCAACUCUUACUGAGCAUGAGAAAAUUCAUAUUGGAGAAAAACCCUUUAAAUGUAAUGAAUGUGGAACAGCUUUUGGCCAGAAGAUGUACCUCAUAAAUCAUCAAAACAUUCACACUGGAGAGAAAUCCUAUGAAUGUAAUGAAUGUGGAAAAGUCUUCUCUCAGCGAAGAUCACUUAUUGUACAUGUGAGAAUUCAUUCAGGUGAUAAACCUUAUGAAUGCAAUGUAUGUGGAAAAGCUUUCUCUCAGAGUUCUUUUCUCACAGUGCAUGUGAGAAGCCAUACAGGUGAGAAGCCUUAUGGUUGUAAUGAAUGUGGGAAAGCUUUCUCACAGUUCUCAACCCUAGCCCUGCAUUUGAGAAUACACACAGGUAAGAAGCCUUAUCAAUGUAGUGAAUGUGGAAAAGCUUUCAGCCAGAAGUCACAGCAUAUUAGACAUCAGAAAAUUCAUACUCACUAAGACCUGUAAAUAGCUUCAAAAUGGGAAACAUGCACC